CAAAGGCCCUGGGGAAUGCUGUUUUGAUCUACUGUACAGUUAAAAUUAAAGAUAAACCUCUCUACAAGUUGUUUAUUAACUCUCUACAAGUUGUUAUCCAUAAAAGAUUCAUAGACCAACAGAACAGCGAAGUCUGUUUUUAGCGAAGUCUGAAGACGUUUUCUUGAGACUGCGAUGGCCUUCACACCUUCUCUGUGUUGGCUUGCAAUGCUGUCUGUAUCUGAAACCCAAUUCUCAAAUACUCCUAAAUGUCACGCUUCCUACACGACCAGGAGCAUGUGCAUUAACGACUUGGUAAUGGACCGUCUUUCAACAAGGUGAUCGUUUACGCAGAACUCACCCUCUCUAAAGUUUAGGUGAGGUUUUUAGGGAGUCACAGGUUUAAGAUCACUGCCACUUAGAGGUGCUAAGACACCUUCGAAGUAACACUCGGACAUGAGUUAUGGUCUCGUGCGCCUGUGAAACGGAGAGGUGCUGACAGAUAGUGGAAGCAGAUGUUUGCAUGUGUUUAUUAUGACUCUUGACCCUAACGAUUAUUCUCUAUCUGCAGCCACAGCUAUGCCCUGCGUUGAGACCCAGUAUGGAGCCCUGCCUUACGAAAGCAACUAUUUCACCCCAGAGUUUUCAAGUUCAGGACUCAUCAACAAGCCCAGCAUGGACCUCAGCAUUCAGAGGGAGCAGCUUUCUCCACCGUCACUGCCCAGCUUCAACACGCUAGUGGGACACGCUGGUGAGAUUGAUACCUUCUCUUGCCAGUUCACCGCUUCAGUCUCAGCCGACAUGAGCACAAAUUCAGCCGGUGACCUCCACAAUGCGUUAGUUGAAGGUUCAAGUCCAUGUGGUGUUCAGUCUCCUUUCAGACUAGACGAUAUCCAGGUGUAUGGCUGCUACCCGGGAACCUUCACCUUUGGUUGUUUGGAUGAAAGUUUGUCCUCUUGUGGAUCUGAGUAUUAUGGAAGCCCGCUUUCAGCAACUUCCGCGCCUUCCACCCCAGCCUUCCAAAGCCAUCCCGGUUCAACCUGGGAAAGUGCCUUCAGUCCAUUUUCUUCCAUUUCUUGGCCUUCAGAGGUCACGGCUUUACACCAGCAGCCUUCUUUCUUUACAUUCAACACUCAGCAGUCCCCAAUCCAGGAGCACCAACUGCAACUUGGAGACAAGGACGUUUUUGGUCAACUUCAAUCAUCUCCAUUGCAUUUCCCAUCACUGGACCUUGAGCACAGGUGCUUGGACAAUCCGGUACUAAAGGUUGAAAGGGCUGAAGCUCACCCUACUGCAAAACCACGAAGUCCCAAUGAAGGACAUUGUGCAGUGUGCGGAGACAAUGCAUCCUGUCAGCACUAUGGGGUUCGCACCUGUGAAGGGUGCAAAGGCUUCUUCAAGCGUACUGUUCAGAAAAAUGCGAAAUAUGUCUGCCUUGCCAGUAAGGACUGUCCGGUUGACAAGCGACGGCGGAACCGUUGCCAGUUUUGCCGUUUUCAGAAGUGUCUUGCAGUAGGAAUGGUCAAAGAAGUUGUGAGAACUGACAGUCUUAAAGGUCGAAGAGGACGUCUUCCAUCAAAGGCUAAAAACCUUCCUGAAAACGUGACUCCUGGAAAUAUUACUGCCUCGCUUGUUAGGGCUCACAUUAAUUCCAAUCCCGCUCUGCCAAAACUGGAUUACUCCAAAUAUCAGGAAAAUGUGAAGAAUGUGUCUGAAAAGGUGGAUGCCGAUGACAUCAAGCAGUUUUAUGAUCUCCUCACUGGGACCAUGGAGGUUCUCCAGAAAUGGGCAGAAGCUAUUCCUGGGUUCUGCGCCUUCUGUUGUGAGGACCGGGAGCUCCUGCUGGAGGCCGCAUUCGUUGAGCUCUUCAUUCUGAGACUAGCGUACAGAUCGAAUCCCAAGGACCACAGACUGAUCUUCUGUAAUGGUGUAGUGUUACACCGCUCACAGUGUGUACGGGGGUUUGGGGAUUGGAUUGAUUCUAUCAUGGAUUUCUCCCAGAGUCUCCAUCGCAUGCGUCUGGACGAAACAUCAUUCUCCUGCUUAGCAGCACUUGUCAUCAUCACAGAUCGGCACGGUUUAAAGGAACCCAAACGUGUGGAAGAACUUCAGAACCGCUUGAUCUCCUGUCUGAGAACCCACAUCACCAGCAGCAGCGCAGACCAGAGCAGAUCUCAGCCAUGUCUCUCUCGAUUACUGAGCAAAUUGCCAGAACUGAGGACUUUAUGCACGCAAGGUCUGCAGCGGAUCUUCUACCUCAAGCUGGAGGACCUGGUUCCUCCUCCGCCCAUCGUGGAGAAAAUCUUCAUGGACACGCUUCCGUUCUAAGCAGGAAAAUUGCAUGUAAAACAGGAAUACUUGACAUGACAGAAAUCCACAACAUUUCUGAAAGAUGCACAGUUACAGACUGCUGUUCUAAUUAAUGUGACUUUAAUAGUGUUCUAUCGAGAACACUAAGGAAAACACAUCCUUCCUUACACAAUGAAUAAAUACUGUAUUGUUUUUUUUAUUAGAGGGUAUUUUCUAUACUUUAAUUAUUGUGCGUGUGUGGGUGUGUUUGUCUGUGUUUAGGGUUUGACUCUAUUGCUAUGCAAAUAUCUUUAUAUAUUUGAUGUAGAUUUUUAGCAUUAGCAGGAUUUUAUACACAGCUUCGUUGUCAAUAUGUGAUGCUGAUUUUAUAUUCAUUAUUAUUAACUAUUUUCCCCCAAAGCAAAAAAGUAAACACCUUUCUCUAC